UUCGCCUUAGUGCGAUUUUCCGCGAUAGGAAGAGCGCCGCGUCGGCGGGGAAAUCCCAUUCGCCGGUUGGACCGUCCGUCGACGUCGUCAGCCUUUCCAGGGGCCGCUAUUGGCCGACGUCGCUGUCAGUCGCCGGUGACGCUGCGGGUGUUUUUCCUGGUGCGCCGUUGCAGCAACGAACCGACGGCGGAGUUCGUCUCGAGCGUGACAUAGAUGCUACAUGCUACGCGGCUCGUGUGGCUAAGCUAGUUAGCUACAUGUCGUGUGAAUAAAGCCGGUUCGUUAGCCGCCUGGAAGCGGAAGCCUUCGCUAGCAUUGAACGCAUGAAUAGUCUGUUAAUGUCCGCUCGAACUCAGGGAUAGGUCUUUUAAGAACAACAACAACUGGAUAACCUUCACUGGUGAGGACACACACACACACACACGACAGAAGUUCGUAUAAAAGAUCCAGAUGGAAAAGAAGAAAGAAAAAAAAGUCCGGAACCAGGACAGUAACCCGUGCAUCGAGGAAAGCGAUGACUCCCGAAAGUGUCUGGACGCCUACAACUAUGAUAAGAGCAUGUGUUCGGCCUAUUUCCACAGAUAUAAGAACUGUAGGAAAUACUGGCACAACGUAAUGAUAGAGAGGAGAAGAGACGGGGUGAAACCCAACAUGCCCACGGCUGCGGAGAGGCAGGAGAUGCUCGCUGCUAUCGGAGGAAAACCGUACUGAGAGUCAAUCGUCAGUCGCUCACACACAGAGAGACAUGGUGAAGACGUGUCGGACCAGGAACCACGACGCUGCUACGCUACACUUCACUGCAGCGGCUGGACGUAAACUAACCGAGGUGCUCUCAGGCUCAGUUCAUACUGAAGUGACUGUUCGCCUCUGGACGCUAACCUGAAAUAAAAUGGAAAGGUGGCGGUGGAGCCACAGAGAGACUAGAUGUUAUUUAUUUAGGGUUAUUGACAAUGUGACAUGUGACUUGACUGACACAAUAUGAAAAGAAUUAAAGAGCAUUUCAAUCAUGUUGUUUUGUCCUGAAGAAAAAAAAGAGUCUGCUUCAGAAAGCAGGUUUUUGCAACAGCUGAUCAGAGUUUGUUGGGGAAAAAAAAGAAAGAAGCCAUAAUGGAACUUUGAUACUACUGAUUCACCAUGUCAACAGGUCGAUACAGAGCAGAGCCUCCAUUUGAAUCCACUGGAACCAGAAAUAUACAUUUUGUGCAUGCUUAUAUUAAAAAUGCAUUCAAUCCA